GCUAAGCUGGCCAAGUCUGACCCAGUUUUGACCCCUGAAAUGUAUGCUACCAAAAGUAGAGAGACUGUUCACGCUAGAAUUGGGUACGAUCCAAAACCACUGCCUCAGCCAUCUACACUACCUCAUUAAUAACAAUAGCCACAGGGAUGAGUGUGAGACUCUUGAGUACCGUCACAUGGAGGUUGAUGUCUCCUGCCUGCCACACUGUGUGCAGGCAUCUGACAGGUUCUCACACAUCAAACAGAAUUCACCAUAAAAACUUUCUCGGUCGUCGACUGCUAAACUUGAAUGAUGUGAAUGGAUUAUCUGUGUUAUAUGCUUCCCGCCACCAAACUAGUGCGCCUGAAUUAAGCGCAGUCGACUGUCUAGAUGUGACCUCACCUAGAGGAAACCUGCAGGUCCCUUACCUCUGGUUGAGAGACCACUGUAGAUGUCCCAGGUGUUACAAUACAAAAACUUUCCAGAAGAAUGUGGACGCUGAUCUGUUGAUAAAAGAUUUAACUCCAGCAGAUGUCACCACGUCGAGGGAUGGAACAGUUAUUACAAUUACAUGGAAAGACGGGCACCAGUCACAGUUCACUAGUGAGUGGAUCACUGACAACUUUUACCCAGGAACUUUGACCAGGGGCUACAAGAGGAGGCUGUGGGACAGGGCUGUGAUGGAGUCUGUUGGUCUGCCAGUUGUCCCAUUUCAUGAUCACAUGACCUCAGAGGCUGGGCUAAAACAAUCCCUGUGUAACUUGAUCAACUACGGGAUAACCAUCGUCAGUGGGGUUGAGGCCACAGAGGCGUCGACCCAGCUGGUGUCUGAGAGGGUGACCUAUGUGAUGAAGACGUUGUUUGGGGAGAUGUGGACCUUCACGUCUGAUGUGUCUCGGAGUGACACAGCGUACACCACACAACAGCUGGGUGCUCACACAGACAACACGUACCUGAACACACCUGCUGGGAUUCAAGUUUUUCACUGCUUAGAACACAGAGGAUCAGGGGGAGCUACUCUCCUAGUUGAUGGAUUCAAUGCCCUUGAAACCCUCAAGAAAACAGACCCAGCAUCCUUUGAGAUACUGGUACAAACACCAGUAAUACAUGAAUACAAAGAGGAGGUGAGCAGUGUAAGCCCAGGGUAUCACAUCUCUAGUCUAGCUCCAGUUGUGUCCCUUCAUCCCACCUCGCAAGAGUUCGUCAAUAUUAGGUUCAACCCGUAUGACAGAGCACCAUUGAGCACGGUUAAACCAGAAGUCAUGCACCAGUUCUACACGGCCUAUGACAAACUGUCUGGAAUUAUCACUGACCCACGUCAUGAGUUCUGGGUGAAGUUGACCCCAGGGAAUGUUCUGUUUAUUGACAACUGGAGGGUGUUGCAUGGCAGGGCGGCGUUUGAUGGCAAGCGUGUUAUGUGUGGCUGCUACCUGCCUAGAGAGGAGUGGAUUUCUAAAUCUAGAGUUAUGGGACUUUUGUGACAGAGAUAAGAGUUAUAGGACUUAGUGACAAUUUUAAGUUAUUGGACUAGAGUUAUUGGACAUUUUAUUGUUGUUUUAUUAGAUGAGUGUACACUUAUGUGCUUUGUGGUGAUCUUUGCAAUUAAACCAAUAAAAAUUUUAACUUUUUACACAU